CUGCAUCCCCUCCCCCACCCCCAAAUCGAGAGAUCGAGAGUGAGAGAGAGACGGAGACAGAGAGAUCGGAGAAUGAGGGAGGAGGUGGUGGUGAUCGUGGGGGCCGGGCAGUCCGGGCUGGCGACGGCGGCGUGCUUGACGGCGCUUUCCGUCCCCUGCCUCAUCCUGGAGCGCGACGACUGCGUGGCCUCCCUGUGGCGCCGCCGCUCCUACGAGCGCGUGACGCUCCACCUCGCCAAGCGCUUCUCGCAGCUACCCCACGCACCGCUCCCGGACUCCGCCCCGAAUUUCCUUCCCAAGCCCCUCUACCUCCGCUACCUCGACGACUACGCCGCCCGUUUCGGCCUCCGCGUCGCCCUCCGCCGCGAGGUCGUCGCCGCUGAGUACGACCCCGCGGAGGGGCGCUGGCGGAUCGAGGUCAGGAGAAGGGGAAACGGCGGAGGAGGAGCGGCGGCGGCGGAGGAGGAGGAGGAGGAAGAGGAGUGCUACUGGGCGAGGUACCUGGUGGUGGCGAGCGGGGAGAACGACGAGGCGGUGGUGCCGGGGAGCAUUCUGGGGAUGGAGAGCUUUCCGGGGCCGGUGGUGCACUCGAGCCGGUACCGGAACGGGAGGGAGUACGAGGGGAAGGCGGUGCUGGUGGUGGGCGCCGGCAACUCCGGCAUGGAGGUGGCGCUCGACGUGGCCGACUGUGGAGCCCGAUCCACCACCAUCGUCGUCCGGAGCCGGCUUCAUGUUGUAUCAAGGGAGAUAUGGUGGUUUGCCAUGUUGAUUAUGAGGUUUUUGCCAUUGGGUCUACUAGAUGCCUUAAUUCUCCUCUUGUGUUACUUAAAGUUUGGCGAUCUAUCAAAGUAUGGCAUACAUAGACCAUCGAAAGGGCCAUUGUAUUUGAAAAAAUACACCCCAAAGUAUCCGGUUGUCGAUUCCGGCACCGUGAAGAAAAUUAAAUCCGGAGAAAUUCAGGUCAUGCCGUCGAUAAAGAGCAUCAAGGGUAACUAUGUUACUUUCUCGAAUGGAAGAAUUCAAAGCUACGACGCGAUAAUUCUAGCUACGGGCUAUAGGAGCACUGUGAAAAAAUGGCUCAAGAGCGACGACUCCCUAGUCGGAGAAGAUGGAAUGGUGAAACGAAUGUUCCCCAACAAUUGGAAGGGGGAUAACAGACUUUACUGUGCUGGACUUGCGAGAAGAGGGAUUUAUGGGUCUGGAGAGGAUGCUCAGAGCAUUGCUAAUGAUAUCGCUUGCGACUAUCAUCAUUAUCAUCAUUAAGUCUUGCGAAUCCUAAUUAUUUCGAAGCUUAUCUAUAUUUCUCUCAUGUUCCUCAAAGUGGAGGUAGUGAACUGUGAAAAGGUUUUAGAGUAUUCCAAUCCGAAUGAGCUAGUAUGCUUUAUCUAA